GAUGGCGGUUUCCCAAGCUUCCUCGCUUCCUCAAGUCUCACGCAUCUCACGUCGUCUCACGUCGCACUAUCACUAUGGUUUCGCGUCGCGCACGUCGGCUUCGUAGAAAACAGCAUUGGUAUGCGACACCCGUUCAAAUACGAGGAAAUGCAUUCUAGAAAUUCGCCCCUUGGGCGAAGAAACAAACUGCUCUUUUCACUAGGAUUCGUGUGGUGCUACUAGUAGCUCUCAAACGAUAUGCCGAACUCAGCGUCUCCGAUGUCUUUCACGACGCUUUUGCCUGACAGUUUUACGGUGUUCGGGCGCAAAGGUUGCUGAGUGCUUAUAAUUUCGACAUGAACGAUCUCAAGGGAAACUUGCUCACUCUGCGAGAAUGGCAGGGGUCGCUGAAGGAAGUGGUACAGAAUUUGGACUACCUGGAAAAGCAGCUACUGCACAGCGCCCACGUUGCGGAGGAAGAGGUGAAGUGUCACUUUUCCCAACUGGAGCAAGACUUCAUAGCUGCCGUGAGGCAGCGCAAGAACGCGCUGCUCUCGGAAGUGGCCGUAGCUAGGACCAAGGCGCUCAAGCCAGUAGCCGACUGCCGGCGACAGAUCGAAGCCGAGAUCACGGCUGCGGAUUCGGCUCAGGCCGAGGGAAGCCAGCUCUUGCAGCGGAGCAGGGACAAGGGGCAGCCCAACGCAGAGCAGACAAGGCUCUUCUGCCGCAGGAUCUCGGACUUCGAGAGCUUGCCGGAGAUCCCGACUCUGCUGGAUGUCGGCACGGUGGCGGCGGCCUUUGACCGUGGAGCUGUGGCGCAGUGGACGUCCGGUGUGCUGCAGUACGGCACGGUCCUGACAGCAUGUCCAGUCGUUGUGACGCACGUCGAGCCGAGACCCGGGGCCCUGCGCGUCCACUGGAUGGAGCCCGAAGAGGACAGUGCAGAGGAACAUGAGUACCGUCUGCAACACUGCGUCGGAGACGUGCUUGCGGAGGACUGCCGUCGUUGCUCGCAAUUUGUUGAGGCCUAUCGUGGCUUCGAGUGCAGCUUUCUUGUGCGGGGGUUGCCGGAGGGGCAGCCCCAGAGCUUCAGAGUUGCCUGCCGCACGGCCAUAGCCAAGGCCUGGAGCGCUUGGUCACCUCUCUUUGUUGCCACGACGGAACUGGAGCAUUACGAAUGGGAGGAGCGGAAUUUGUGUUAUACGAGGACGCACGAAGGUCGCAUCGCAACGCGGACAAGUCAGGGUCCGUCCACGGUGCUGUUUUCCAAGGAGCCACUCCUGAGGAGUGUGAACCACAACAUCCUCUUCCGGUUUCUCGACGCGCCACCGGACAAGUGGAGCAAGCGGGACGGUGUCGCCCUCGUCAUGGGGAAACCGGAGUCGCUUCUGUCUCACGGAGCUGUCUUUGUGAACAUGGAAGGCGAGAUCUUCGUCGAGGGGCACCGCACUACGACGCAGCUCCCGUCCUUGGGCAAGGGCUCGGAUGCGACGUUGGACGUCGAGGUGGUCUCAGAGCGCAAGGUCAGGGUCACGGUGGGCUGCAGGGACAGGCAGGCGACCUACGACCUCAGGGUCAAGAACCACGACUUGGACGACACAAGGGUCCUCUCGACACUCCGCUUUGCCGCCUUCUUCGAGGAGGAGGGCUGGAAGCUGCUCGUCGAGUGAAGACCGCGUCUGCUCGCGUGCGUCUGGCUCGGCAGCGCCUGCCGCUGUCGAGCCUGGAACUUUGCUCGUGGGGCAGUUUGAUGGCGAAUGCGGCCAUUCCUCCCGGUGGGUGUGGGGGCAUGUAACCAAACAGUCGCCGUUUGCAACUGUUUGGCAAAUGGUGUCGGCAAGGAUGGAGCUGCCUCUCCUCUAAACCAGGCAUGAGCUACGACUCCCGUUAGUUGCGAUUUGUGAAUGAACGCAACUAUGAUCUUCUGGAGAAACAAUACUCCUUGGCCACUGUACUGACUGCUCUGUUUUUCCUUUGUCUCAUCGUCGCGCUCCAAAAUUAUAAGGAUCCCCGUCGGGAAUCUCAUGUCGUGCCUCACCAUACUCUGCGUUUAUGGCGAAAGCUACGUUCCAAGCGAGCCGUUCGGAGCUUUCGAGUGCACUAAUUUGUGUGCGGGAACAAUUGUGUGCUUCGCCUUGUCGCUCUGAUUGACUCGUGGAGACUGUAGUGCUUGCUGUUUGUUAGGCCAUACCGAAACGGAGUGCAGCAUUCAACGGGGCCACAACUAAGGUCUUUGGCUUAUGGGUUUGAACCUGUGGUGCACGUCACAGCCCUUGCAUAAAAAACUGCUGAAGAACUUCCGCAAAGAAACAAGUGGCAUGAAUAACCUUCCAAAGGGUAAGAUUUAAAAUAUCGAAGUGUCAUUGAGAUGGGGGCAGAUCGUUCAAGAUUAAGGGUCCUUUACAACCACCUGAAUACACCUUCAAAGCUGUAGUCGUUCAGAAGCUGCUUUAGUAAUGGCAUGGACUUAAAGGGGUACUCCACAGAUUUUUUUCAUUGUCUCCAAUUUGCCUGAAAUUUUGCUAAGCUAACCAACAAACAUCGCUAAAAUAGUACUCCAAAUACUAGGUCAAACUAUUGUUUUUUCGCAAAGUUGUUGAAUUUACAGUUUUGGUCCUCACCGUGUUUUUCAAACUGAAAGUCUCUACUGGCGACAACAAAAAAGUGCCGUCAGUGGAAGGCAGGGGUUCACUCUUUGGACUGUAGAAGUUAUUCCCAACUAAUUCGAAGCAGUUUCAUGGUGUCAAAUAAGUGCUUUCGAAGCUCGCUCCAGUACCCGCGCUCCAGCACAGAACAAAUGAUUGGCACAUUCUUUUUCUAGACUGCUUGCUCGACUGGUAAGCCUUGCUGCCACUGACGUCACUGCACUGAAAAGUGCGCGUAUAUUUGAAUGUUGGUUUUUGCAUCACUUUCAUUUGCCGAUUUCACAAUAAUUAUUAUGAAUUUCGCGAUACCAAAUGGCAUACCGGAAAUCUUAAAGGCCGGGGAGUCAGAAAAUAUAGUUAGUUGAGGUAGCUCAAAAAAAAUCUGUGGAGUACCCCCUUUAACCAGCAGUAUUCUUGUAGCUUCAGUCCAGCCAAGAUCAUCAAAAGAGCUGUUUGUGAUGCAGGGUUAAUCCAAGGUCUCCAAAGCUAAGAGGAGAUCGUCCUGCCAGCCUACCGGGACGAGUUUUGAGGUUGAAUGAAGGUCACUUUACUGUCGAGUUCAGAGUCCCAUCUUCAAAAUGUACAAAGUGAACUUUAGAAUCGGCUGAGACAGGGUGCCUGGGGUCCGAUUUUAGUCAAAGCAAGAGCAAGACCGAUCUCGGGUGCCGAUUGUGCGUGGCGCCACAGCUUGUGUGUAAGAAACCAAUGAGAUAUUUUCGACCCUUUCUCGAGUUCACGAUCGGGCAAUAUUUUGGUGAGAACGUCUUGCCAACAUAAAAAAUAGUGACAGAGGUCUCACAGCCUCUGAUGUGCUUGUCCUUAGUACUCCUUCAUCCCUUGGUCGACGUUAGCUUGUGUACGGUAGCGGAACAACUUAAAAUUUGCAUACGAGGCGCAGGUUGUCAGUGGCUUCCAACGUGGAAUAGCAGAUGAUCACAAUUCAAGCCCGCGUCCGAUCUCACUUUGCCGCAGUGCUCAACUCGUAGCAGACAAUCAACUUUUUUUCCGGUCUGUUGGCAGACGAGGUACGGUGUUGUCUCAUUUCAUUUCCGCCUGCGAAUGGUGCUUCGUAGCAGACAAACUGCGUCUUUUGCUCGUGUUAGCAGACGAAGGCUCUACGAACACCACCUGCGCUCACUUAGCAUCAGGUAUACUUCAUUUCGCUCUUGCUUUUGCAGCGACCAAAAUCGGGCGCCUGGGGUGCAUCUUCGACUGGCGUGCUUACUGCACUUCUAUUUUUUCCCCUCAAUUUUCUGCUGGCUGCGGCACAACAGUGUAAUACUACUGCAGUCCGGGGGGCAGCACGGCAGCAAAACACGAUGCAGCUGAGGCCCGUUCUGCUACAACUCGAUCCGCAUCUGGCUAUUCUACAGAAACUCGAGCAGCCGUGGGUGCAGGCACUUUUACGACAGCAGUACCCACAUCUGUCCCUACUUUCCAUUGACACUUUUAUGGCUAGCCACCAGGACUGUAACAACCCCUCAGUAUCACAUCCAGUGGCUUCUGCGAUGCGUUCCGUCGCCAUUUCUGAAACUCUCCGUUGCGCAAGUAUAGUAUGGCACACCGUUACUUGACGGAUGCUUUUUGUGUAGGAACUGCUACAAACACCAUAAAUGAAACAGUGCAGACAGUGUCCCCUCAGUGCUGUUCAGAUAAGGGAUCUCUCUAGAUCUUUUAUGGAUUUUUUCUUUUGUUCACCUUUAGUUGCAGGGUUAGGAUAACAGUACUAGUCCCUCAUACAAAGCUCUCUGCUGACCACGAUUUGGGGCUCUUCCCAAGUGGAAAAACUGGAGGGCUUUGUGCGAUAAGCUUGUCUUGCUUCUCUUAUCUUGUAAUACAGUAUAGUUAAGGCACGCACUUCUGGAGCGCCGUUGCUGGGGCAAGGUUUAUGGGCAGCCAAAACUCAAUCGGGCAGCUCGGGUAUGUUUUGGGAUGCUUGCGCUUUGUCACGACAGGCAGAUUGCAUCACAACGAGCUCGGCUUAAUAUCGAGGUUCUAGCUUUACAUAUAAUAGCUGCUUAGCUCCUAUUCUUCCAAGCACUUAGGCAGGGAGUGUAGCCAGGCUUUACCUCCCCCCCCUGCCCCCCAACCAUUUUUUUUUUUUUUUGUAGCUCCUUUUUUACCGAGGGCAUUUUGACCUAGGUGCCUCCAACCUGAAAUACAAUCCUGGCUACAUUUCUGUAUUCUUCUAUGCGCAAAGUUAAACAUGUCACACUUGCUGAGAGAGGCAACGGAUGUCUGAAACCCGCUGGGGUAGAACGUUGGAAGUGCACUCGUCUUCGCAAUUAAGUUUGGACUGCCAGGACGUGCUUUCACUGUCGCAAGUUUACCGGCCAAUAACAGGCCAGUAGCGUCUUGUCUUGUGCCUGUUUACUAGUAUUAAACGUGACUGGAUGGGCGACGGUCUCUCAGCACUUGCAUAGUCAUUUCGUAAUUAAAGAGGAUGGCCAACCAAGCUCUAGUUAGGAACCCAAUGUUUCAAGGCCUGCUAGGCCUCUCCUUUGAAGGGGCUAUUUCUUGUUGUUUCGGAUCGUUUUUUGGGCUAUGGCGAUGGCCAAUGAGGAGCAGUUUUAUUGUUGUCUUCUACAAUGGUGUGUUUGUCCUUGGACUGAUAUGGCAAAGCUUGUCAAUGGAGGCAGAUGGUUUAGAGGCGGGACCUAUACACCACCGUACGGUAAAGACAAGACUGCUCUCAGCGGUCACAACUGUAUUGUGGCGGACCAGGGGUCCAAUGAUUAUGCGGGCGAGGGUGGUCCCACGAUUGAAGCCCAGAGCACAAUGCAGUCUGUACGCAGGCAGCAUGCCAUCUUGCACUCCAGGACUAGAAGAUGGUAACAAAAAGGGGCAGAUUGAACAUUUCAUUGCAUUCUAUAGAGUUCUUGUUCUAUUUAGAGCCCAGUUUAGACCCUUUUCAAAAGUCUAUCAGGCAACAUUGGCUGCAUGCGGUUGGAUCGGAGUCAACGCCGACGCAGUGCUCGUUUUCAAUACGGGCCGAGCGGAGUUCACGCCGAACGCCGAUGCAGGCCUCCUGUCCCAUACACGCUCCGAACAUGUGAGCGAGCAAUGGCGGACAGGCGUUGGCGCAAACUUUUGAAAAGGGUAUAUUCCUACAGAAUUUAACCGGUCUUUGUCGUUGCAGCACUGCUGCCGGCUUACAGACGGUGCCAUGUUGAUGAUGACACUCGAAGAUUCUCCUCCCCAUGGGGGAGGAGGAAACAGGCCACGGGGGACAGGGUAGAAGGGAAAAAGGAGGAAGCAGGGGAAAAGCGGAAAGCGCGAACUGGUCGUCGGUCUUUAGCCAGAUAGAUUUCUGUCGGAUGUUUACGUUCAGUCAUUUCAUCUUAUUUCAUCACCGACAGAAGGCUGUACACGAUUGCAAGUGUAGAAUCCUGGGUCCUGCCAAGCCUCCGCUCGUGCAAGCAAGGAGGUACUACCUCCACACGCGUGCUGCUCGUGUUUGCGUGCAGGGGCACCAACUGGGAUGCCAUGCACGCAAUCGCAUAUAUGGUUGCUGCCUUUUCGAAUGAAAGUAGUACCGCCUUAUAGUUUGUUGAAGAGUCGUUUUAGCCGAUUGGAACCGCUCCGCAGUGUCCCACCUAUGUUCCCUAGAGUCGACAAAAUAAAGUGCCACCACACUUUACAUUCGCA